AUGUCUUAUGCAUUUGUUGAUGCAUAUAUCAUCGUACUAGCAAUAUCAUUAACAUCUUGUCAGAAACUUUCUAAUUGUACAUUUGGUAUCAAUAACUAUUUGCUAAAUCAAGCUGUUUAUAAUCAAAUACAAUUCAAUAUAUUAAACACAACAGUACUAUUAACAGCUAGUUAUUAUACUGGAUCAUUACCUAUGCCAGAUCUAACACAAUUAGGACUCAUUUAUUCUAAUUAUAUUGUACCAUUUCCCAUUAUGCUAGUGUGUCCUAGUGCCCAACAACCUCAAUCCUGUCAAUAUAAUAGUGUUUAUGUAAAUAGUCGACAAGUGUUAACACGUUCAGAGCCGAUUACUGUACCUCUAAUACCUCUAAACUAUACGGGUAUUGGUGUUGCCUAUUCGUUGUAUUUACCAGAAGGACAUUCUCAAUUAACAAAUUGCACUCUAGGACAAAAUUUAUUUACUGAUGAAACAUUUUUAUUAGAUAUUGAAAUUAAAUAUGAGCGACUAGUUGGUAAUUUCUGUAAUCCAUUGAUUGAUACAUGUGGUAGUUCUUAUCUAACAUAUUGUUCACCAUUAACAGGAACAUGUACAUGUAAUACUUCAUCAUCAAUUCAAGUAUCAACAUCAAUUGGUUCGGUAUGUGCCGAUACUGUAAAUGCUAGUAAUUGUGCUAUAUUUCCUACACGAUGUGUUUAUUGGUGUAAUUCAACUCAAAAUAAUUUGUGUAUAUGUCCAAGUGAUACCGUUAAAGUACUGAGAUCAAAUGUAUAUGUUUGUGAAUUGCCAUUGAAUGGAAAUUGUUCACUGUUAGAUAUACGUCGUUGCCCGCCCACACAAUGUUGUGUUUCAACACAAUGUAUCGAUUGUACAUUAUCAACAGAAACUGUUUUACCCACGACCACAACCGUUUCAUCUUCACCUUCUAGAUCAUUGGAUGAUCGUUUAAAAAUUGCUUUGGGUGUUGUAGCUGGUGUUCUCGGUACUAUAGUAAUUAUUUUAACGAUCGCCUUUUGUUGGUUAAAACAUCGGCAUAAACGCUUAUUAAAAAUGAAUCCAAAAUCAACGUUAUUGUCAACUGUUUCCUCGUCUACACCAUCCUCAUUAUAUACUUUACCGACAUCCGCGCAACACUCCUUUGAUCGUUUUAAUAUUUAUCAACCGAAUAAUACUACAGUUGAGGAAGGUAUAUAUAGCUUAUCGAAUGUGCCCGAUGAACAAACUGUUCCUCGUAGAUUAUUUGAUCGCAUGUCAGAUAAUUCAUCUGUAAUGAACAAUGAAUAUUCAUCAUCAAUACAAAUUAAGAGAAUGAAAAAUCGAAAUCUACCUUAUCGAACAGAUUCAUUUCGAAAAGCUGUCGGUGCCGUUGACUACUCGCUUCGUCAACCGUCAUACGAAGAACGAGUAUCAAAUAAUGUAGAAAAUAUUACAAAUAAUUAUCGAUCAAUCACUCCGUCAAAUCAAAGAAAUACCUAUCAUCAAAUUAUACCUUAUGCAGAACAGUAUUUAUCAUCUCGAGCGAGUUAUGUCUUAUAA